GUCUGCUAAGGGCGGCUGGGCCAAAGGGUCCCCGGGCCUGCGCCCGCCCCGCACUGUACUGCCGCGGGCACCCGCACGGGAGCGCGCCCAGGCCGGCCGCGAGGCACAGCAAGGACCGGACGCUCCAGGAGGCCGUGAGCAGAGACAACGACGUGUUGCCUGCCAGGUGUCAGUGAACACCUUGUUUUCCUGCUCGAAGUUCAAAGUAUUGCAAGAGGUCGGAGGUCUGCCACUCUCUGUGUAGAAAGAAGGACGACCCCUUCCAAUCAACUGACCUGAGUGCACAGCUGAAAGCCUGGGGAGCAACUUGGCAGCAUGAAGCCUGUCAUCGUGGUGCAUGGCGGAGCUGGCCGGAUCUUCAAAGAGCGAGAAGAGGGAUGUCGAGCUGGCGUUGUCAGAGCUGCGCUGCAAGGUUACACUGUCCUGAAGCAGGGAGGCAGUGCCAUAGAUGCAGUUGAGGAGGCUGUAAGGUCAAUGGAAGAUGAUCCUCAUUUUAAUGCAGGUUGUGGAUCUGUUCUAAAUGAAAAAGGCGAAGUAGAAAUGGAUGCCAUUAUCAUGGAUGGAAAAAAUUUAAACUCUGGAGCAGUAUCUGCAGUUAAGUGCAUAGCAAACCCAAUAAAACUUGCUCGACUUGUUAUGGAAAAGACAAAGCACAUGCUACUGACUGACCAUGGUGCACACCUGUUUGCUCAGACCAUGGGUAUUCCUGAAGUUCCAGGGGAGAAACUCAUAACUCAGAGAUCCCGGGAGAGAUGGAAGAAGAACCUUGAACCAGAUUCUAACCCUGAAGAGUUUCAGAAAGACCUUGGAACAGUCGGUGCUGUUGCUAUAGACAGUGAAGGCAAUGUAGCUUGUGCAACAUCCACGGGAGGACUCUCUAAUAAACUGAUUGGUCGUGUUGGUGACACAGCAUGCAUAGGAAGUGGAGGUUAUGCUGACAACCAUUCUGGUGCCACUUCAACGACAGGACAUGGGGAGAGCAUUAUGAAAGUGGUCUUAGCCCGACUGAUUCUCUAUCACAUGGAGCAAGGAAUGUCACCAGAGGUAGCAGCGGACACUGCAUUAGACUACAUGAAGACACGAGUCGGGGGUUUGGGGGGUGUUAUUGUUGUCAACAAGCAGGAGAGUGGGCAGCAAGGUUUCUCCACCAAGCAGAUGUCCUGGGCUACUGUAGAGGAUGACAACCUGCAUUAUGGGAUUUAUGCUGGGGAGAAGUAUACAAAACCUGUUGAUGAAGCACUUGCAUCUGAAAGGGAGGGACUCUAAGAAUGAAGAAAUUUGAUGGAGAAAGAAUGAAGGUCUCCAGUUUUUAUUGGAGGACAGUGACAGUUGAUUAUGUCUUUUUGAGAAAUCUUUUGGUUCACAGGCAUUAUCACAUUUACAGUCAAAACAAAAUCUGGACGUAAUUUUUUAGUGGACAUGUAUAUAUGUGUAGUCUUUUAAUACGAUUGUGAAGUCAGAUUUUUAGCUAAGAAAGAGAAUGGUCUGUAGGUUCCUUGGUUAGCAUGCCUUAAUCUUACAUUAAAGGGAAUCUGAGUUUCAGUAUUAGAGGAACUCAUUUCUAUGUACAUUCUCAGAGACUGCUGCCAGGAUGAUUUGAGAGAUAAAUACCUAUUAAUUAAAAGCUGAAUUUUGAAAGUCAAGUCUUUUAAGCAGCCGUCUUGUGAUAACAACUUGAUAACUGUCAGUGAAAUAACACUAAAGAGCAGUGAAGGGUUAAGAUUAAAAUCAUUGUCACAGUCUUGAGGUAACUUGUCACAGGAUAUAAUGAAGUAAAGAAAAUAACUUUCUCCAGAGAAGGGAAAGGGUGAUGUUAAGGAACUGCAAUUCCGUUCGUUGACAUCAGACAGGAAAUCGCAACAAAGUUGGCUACAAUAUUUCAAACUGUACCUGGUCAGUUAACAGGAAAGAUGCUGCUGACCAGUAGUAUUAGGGGGAGUAAUAAAGUCAUGAUUUCAAUAAAAAUAACAGCAAUCUUUACUACUCAAAUUUAAAGGUGAUAGGCACCUUUUAAGUCAAAACUUGAGACAGAGAUGCUGAUUAACUGGAAAAAUAAUCAUCUGAAAGUGAGUGAUCAAAGCAGGUUGUACUAAAAAUAAAUAAAACUGCCUGUUAACAA